GCUUGUACCGUUAAUAUCCUCUAGAAAACGAAUAUACCUCCUAGUGAAGUUAAUCAGGACAAUGUUAGAUAGUUUGUGCAGGUGGCUGAACGACGAGCUUAGGCUCUCCCAAACUGUAGAGCCCAGAAACUUUGCCAAGUAUUUCUCCGAUGGGUACCUGUUUGGAGAGAUUCUUCAUAAAUAUCAGAUGCUGGAGGAUUUUAACAUGUUUUUGAAAAAGGGCACCUCCAUCGCCAAAGUCAAUAACUUCUCACGACUUCGUCCAAGUUUGAAGCUACUGGGGGUCUCCUAUAAUAUCAACAUAGCUCAAGACGUGAUGAAGGAGAAACUGGAUGUUGUCACCAACCUUCUUUACCAGCUCUAUGUGGCGCUUAAAGGGAAGAAGAGUCCAGGAGGCGGCCGAGCAGCGAUGCAGCCCAUAGCCAGGGUUCAGCUGCACAAAGAAGAGCAUGGAUCAUCCUCCAUUGUAAGAACACUCAAUAGAUGUCGCCUUCCUCCGCUGGUCAAACCCAGUGCAGAUCAGAAUCUUCCAAAAAUUGCUCAGCACUGUACAGAUCAAGGCCGACAAGUGAAGCAAAAGAAGCAAAUUAAAAUCCCAGAAUUAAAAACGAUGGAAAAGGUUAGAAAGAUGUCACAGGUCUGUCAUCAGAGGCACGAUGACUCCACUGAAGACCCUACAGAGCUGCUAAUGAAAUCUUCCUUCAGUUUAAAUCUCAGCAGAAAGAUCAAGCAGCAGCAGCUCAAAGAAAUGAAAAUGGUCCAGGCAGAAAUUGCUAAAUUUGAGGAGAAACAGCGUAAGCCCGUUACUUCUGGUUUUGCUUCCUUGCCAAGCGAUCAACCCACUCAUGUAGAUACCUCUCUUUGGGCCAUCAAACAUGGCAGUGGAGUCUCUGAAAGUAACAAUGAACUGAUGUUACAAUCCAAUAAAGAGUAUAUACAGAGGAUCCGCCAGCGAAUGAAGGAAGAUGCUGUGACUCAAAAGGAGAGACAAAAAAGAGUAGACCGAUUUCUGGUGGAGCAGGGGAAAGCUCUCCAAGCUCAGCUGGAGGAACAAUUCGACGAGCAACUGGUACGGUGUAUGACACGUCAGUCGCAGCGAGAGAAGUGUUUGGUGAAAUACCUGAUGCAGAUACGUAGGGAAAAGGAGGUGAUUAUUGAGAAUCGCCGUUUCAGAGACCAGCAGUACCAGCAGCAAAGAGAAAAAGACUUUCAAGAAGCUCUGGUCAGGAAGGCGGUUCUGGCUCAGUGUGCUAAAUUGGCUCGAGAAGAAGAAAUCCAAAAGGAGCUGGAAUUAUGUAAGAGGAUGGGUGCAGAGCGUGUUGAGAGCAGACACAGAGAGCAUUUUGCCAUCUGCUUGAAUGUUUUGGGAGAGAUGGUGGACUUAGCAACCACAGUUGGAGAAUAUCACAUGCUCACAGGGAAUGUCCCUACGGAUAAGAAGAAUAAAGAGUGGAAGGAGUUGUUCCUUAGAGGUAUUCCUUUUUAUGAGCCAAGAAACCCCUCUCAACCAGAACCUGGAUUCUCUGUUUCAUUAGACUCUUUACAGCUUAAGAAACUGGAGGUACUCAACAACCUGGAUUAUGAGGAAUACAUUAAUAUGGUCGGCGAAUGGUUGUGGCCAAAAGAUGGACAUGGCCCCAAAUUACCUCCAGGCCCCAACAACACUUUGGCCCAUGUUGUCCAUCAACUUCAAACACUUGCUCAUCCUCCCAUUGUGGAAUCGUCUGCAUCCUCAUUUCCUCGAUUCCGUAUCAAAGCCUGCAUCCUGGGAAAGUUUUGCUCAGGCAAAACCACCUGUCUGGCCAAGAUUGCUGAAGCACUUGGCGUCAGAGUGUUAUCAACUAACACACUGAUUGAAGAAGCUCUGAAGCCUUUUAAAGAUGGAGAAGAGGUCACAAAUCAACAGGACGAGACGAGUGAUGAGCAGCUGUACAUAACCUCCACAUCAGUGCUAGGAGCAGCAGAUCUGAAGGAGAUGAGAAAAGGAAACGCCGUUCCAAAUGAGUUGAUUGUGAAGAUUUUAGUCAAAGCAAUCAGUCAAGUUCCAGCUCAGUCAGGUUGGAUCCUGGAUGGCUUUCCAAAUAAUGUAACUCAGGCCCGUAUGCUGGAGAAAGCUUUGGGAGGGACCGUGGAUGAAGAAGAGGACUUUGUAAACAACACAGCAGAACCUGAUGCCUAUCCAUACUUAUCUAAACCUCCACCAGCUCCAACUUCACCUGUUCUGGACCUGGCUCUCUUGCUGGAUAUACCUGAUGAGUGUGUGGUUAGACGGGCACACAGCCAUGGGGAUCCAGAUGCUGCCACAGCCUCCCAAGAGGAAGAAGACGUUAUGUAUCGUGCACAGAUUCCUCACAGGAUUGCAGCUUUCUCAGAUGCCUGGCCAGAAGUGGAGGCAUGGUUUGGCGAUGAGCAAAACAUUUUAAUUUGCCUCAACGCUGAUGUGGAGGAGGAGGAGCUUUACAGAUCAGUGGAGUCUGUUUUGCAGCAAGUUAUUGAAAGACAAGAUGAAGAGCAUCCUGCCAACCUGUCCCCUUCCUCUGUUUCUAAUGCUGCGUCUGAUGAGGGAAACAUGGUCCGACCUGAAUCAGGCUCAGAGAGUCCGCUCUACGUAAAUGAACCACUGCUUCCAGAUGUAGCAGUUAAGCUGUAUUCAGACUGGUACCAAGGCUGUCAGUCUUAUGCAAACAACAUAAAGCAAGUGAUGCAGAGGCUGCGUCUACAGCUCUCUCUUAUUGAUCAUCACCUUUUCGCCAUCAGAAAAAGAUUCAACCAUUUCCUGGGUCGCCCCGACUUAAGGCAGAUGUUAAUUCUACAAUGGCAGAAGGACUUCAACAGCAUACCAGACGAUAUGAGAGAAGAUGAGGAGACCAAAGAAGAGCUUCAUUUGAGGAUGGAUAAAUUGCAGGAAUGUCUGUUGGAUUUAAUUGACAAACGUAGAGAAGAAGAUGAGCAAGAGAAGAAGGCUGUCAUGUGUCCUCAGUGGGUGGAGAUGCAGGUCACUUGUCUGGUCAACAACCACUCUAUGAUAAUACAGGAAGAGCUAAGCCGUUUCCAUAAAACACUCUGCACCCUUAAGGUCUACUACGGGAGCAUGCAAAGACAAGAACCGCUGACUCUAGUCCCCAAAUUCGACAAAAUCUCUCUGCUGAAAAUACCUAAAUAUCAGAAAGCCACGUGCCCUAAAUCAAAAAAUGAAGCCUCUAUGAUGGAAGACCAGUUUCCAUCAAAACUCAUAAAGUCUUUCCAGAUGAAAUUUUACAAUGACCACAUGCAGGCUUUACAGGCCAUCAGCCAAAUGGUGUCGGCAGCAGAGACAGAGAAAAAGGAGAAACCUUCAAGUGCAGUAAAGCCUAAAAAGAAAAAGCGUCCACCAAAAAAGCAAACAGGCAUAAUGUUUAAUAACCUACAGCAGAGCUAUAUGACGUUUUCAUCAGGACCAGAGGAUAAGUUAAAGGAGCCUCCAGAAACUACAGAAAACACUCAUGAACAAGAAAUGAGAGAGAAAAUACGUAAGGAAUACAAAACUGCUCAGACUCAUGAGGAAAAAUCAGUCAAGGUUCGCCUUGAGCUUGUGAAAGCCCACGGACUGAUGAUGAUCGACUCCCUGUUAAGCAAACUGCAAGAGACCUUCAGCAUAAUGGAGAAGGGGCUUCAAGACCGCUACCUAUCAGAGAGGAAGUGCAUGGAUCAGCUAUCAGAACUGGUCCGUUACCACAUAGAGGCUGGUGCUAAGCUGCAGUAUGAGCUGGUGUUGGAGGACUGUGAGUUCUAUCUGAAUGGAGAUUAUAAGUUGUAUCCAGAUCCACCUCCUCCCCCCCAUCCUGCUCCUGUGGAGAAACCAAAUCGGUUCAUUAUGACAGUGACUCAGUUGGAAUCGCUCCACUAUCACCUGUCCCACAUUGCUCCAUCAGGCCUCAUGUCCAGUUUUGAUUUCAUUGCUUUUCUUGAAGAUCUGGUUUAUAACAGCCUACGCAGAAACAGGGUUCCUGAAGCAUGGACAGAUAUGAAUCAAACUCAGCUCUCAGAGAUGGUGGCUUUGCUAACUGAUGAAUACGAGCUGAUAGACUGGCGCCGCUUUCUGCUCAGUGCUGCUCUCCCCUGGCCACUUCCCUCUCUUACACAGCUGCUGGAUUUGUUGCAAAAAUUCAAGGAAGCAGAUGCUGAUAACACCGGAUAUAUAAACGAGGGCCAGUAUCUACAGACAGAGUUGUGGUUUUCCAGUGAGAGUGACCAGGAUGUUCCUCAGGACCCGUCCGAGCCUUUACCCUACAACCGUCUAGCAGACCUGCGUAAGUUCUUCUUCCAGCUGUUUGCAGACCCUUCCUCCUCUCCUCCACGGCUGAAUUAUGUGUCCAUGCUCAAGUACUUUGCAGCCGACCCUGACCCCAGAAAGGGGUUCAUCAGAGCCCUUAGUGUCGUGUUGGGACAACAUAUCCAGCAGCCUUCAAAGAGCUUCCUCAUAAAGCCCCUACCUAGCACAGAUGAAACCCCAGAGCUCCCAUCCUUCACGUUUACUGAGGACUACAAAGAAGAGGAAGGUCUGCUGUCAUCCAGCAGCUUAUUGAAGGACCAGGAAGUUCCCAUUUCUGUUUUCCUCGAUGUCACCUGCCACAAAGUCACCAAGAUGGAGGGCAGCACCCCACUUCCUCCAGGGUGCUUGAGUCAGGAAGAACAUAAACUGAAUCUGGAGAAAGCGUUCAGUGAACUGGGAUAUCAGCCUGAUGAACCAGUCCCCUUCUCCAUUAUUUCUCAGCAUCCUUACAUCGACACAAUGAUCGAGACUUCAACACACUUCCAGCUUGUUAACCUUCUGAAUGCUGCUGGGCCUUCAGGGUGAAAAGCAUUUGUCACACUUGAAGUUUUUCAUUAAGAAACAAGCUAGUUUUCUCUACUAGUAUUUACUCAUUCAAAAGUGGAAGAGUUAAACUAUUUGUGUUACCGGU